AUCGAACACGAGAAGAAAAAAAUCGUAUACGAAACGAUACGAGUUCCGCUUUCAAUCGAAUGCCGAUGCCGAACAGAAAUAAAAGUCGUACAACACUACGAGGCUGUCAACCUCAACUGUUACCCGCAAGUCUGGAAAUAUAGUUACUUUUGGAAGAGGAUAUUCUAUUAAAUAAGAAAAUAGAUAAUAGUGUUUUUGCCAUGAACGGUAUGAGAAUCGUUAAAAAUCUCCCCUUCCGCCAGCUGCGUUCUUUUUCAAGAUGGUCAAUAUUGCACCAAGAAGUAGUGCAAGCCGCAGCGCCUCUGUCCAUUCCGGUACCUGAAGGCGUAGACAAGCCGGCAUCGCCAAAAAUAGAGAAGUUGGUAGCGGAGAUCACGACCCUGAAUCUUCUGGAGGUGUCGGAGCUGAGCCAGGUGCUGAAGCGGCGGCUGAACCUGCCCGACGCGCCCGUGAUGCCGGUCGGAGGGUUCGCCGUCGCAGCGCCCGCCGCCGAGGAAGAGGAGGCUGCACCAAAGGCAGUCAAAACUAGUUUCACAGUAAAAAUGACCAAAUUUGAUGAAAAACAAAAAGUGGCACUCAUCAAAGAAGUGAAGAAUCUUCUAGAAGGGUUCAAUCUGGUGCAGGCCAAGAAGUUUGUGGAGAGUGUCCCCACAGUUGUCAAGGCAGAUAUAUCCAAAGACGAAGCUGAGAAGCUCAAAGAAGCACUAUCCAAAGUUGGAGCCAUCAUAGAAAUUGAUUAGAUUAGAUUGAUUAGACCGUUAAAUGUAAAGCUUAGUUUGUAAUUUAUAUUAUAUUAUACUUGGAGAAAUAAAAAUGUAGUCUUUGUUA